UCUUGUAGACUGUCAAUCUUUUUGUUGACAAGUGGAAAUUGAAAAAUAAUCUUAUAUUUUAUCAAAAUUUUAGUGAUACACCUACACAAAUAUGUUUACCUUUCAUAAUAAUUAAAUAAAUAUUGCAAUGAACGUUAAACACGACAAGUAUGUCUAGUGAUAGUGACUCCGAUGAAUUUUACGAUGCGGAAGAUAUUUCGCCCAGAAGUACAAGGAAACUUAAGAAAUCUAUAAAAGAGAAUAAUAUCACAAAAAGGGCUAGUUCAGAACCAAACAUAUCAGGUAUUCAAGAAGAUAAAAAUUUUGAUGUGAAUUGUCAGGAGAAUGAUAAAUUGAAGCAGAUAUCUGAAGAUAGAGUAAAAGAAGUAUCAGUGGGUGGUAGAAAGAGAUUUAAAGAACUUCGUCAGAGGUUACAGGAUGAUGAUGAUUAUCAAACGGGGAACAUUACACCACCGAAUAGUCAAAAUUCAUCGGUGGAAGGAGUAUUUGCAGUAACAAGCAGAGCUACGCAUCCUUUUCGGAUUAUAGAACAAGAUACUGUCAGUUUACAGAGCCUUAAUUCUCUAGGACGAAUUGGAAGAAUUUUAGGGGGUGUACAAGAUAACGAUCCCGUAAAGAAAACAUCAGUUUCAGCUUUGUCUUCCAGUUCUUUGGAUUCAGAAUCAACACAAAGUUCAAACAAACAAUAUUCUCAGUAUCCCAGUACGCUCACUUUAUCUCCAGAUUUAUCUGCAGGUAUACCACAAGCGAGCCCUUCCGAAAAAGCAUGUCUUCCGUUGCAAGAACCCGAUGUUAUUGCUAGCACAAAAUCAUCACAAAAAAAUUUCGAUUGUUUACAAUCUAACACGUCGACUGGUGUAGAUGCACCCAUUGCUCCACCUAGACGUAAAAAGAAAAAUAAAGUACCGACAACGACACUGGCACUCACAAAAUCGGUUUCUAGCACUAAUUUCGAAUCUACUGACCUAGCUAGCCCUGCUACUACUAUAGAAUCAUUAACAAGAGAAUUUGAACAUUCUUUAGAGCGACUACCAUCGGUGAAAUCAACGAAAUCCGAAAAAAUAUUACAGAGCGAUCAACAAAGUCGAAGUUCCACUUUACGUUCCGGUCAUUCUCUGGAUAUCAGACAAGCCAUAAAAGGACAAUUCGUUGUUAAACCGCAGGAUAACGAAAGUCUAAAAGCUCGCCACAGUGAUAAUCAGGAUAAAUUGAUAGUUUCUAUUGAGAAGAAUAACGUUAGUAGUAGUCCCAGGGGGUCCGGUAAUAGAAGUAGUGUAGGACAUUACAGUUUGGGGCCUCAUAGAGGUACGCAUCAAAAUGAUAGUAAACAUUCAUCGAGAGAACGUAGAAAAUCAGCAGGCGACGAAAAUUUCCUCAAAAACCUCACGACUCACGUUCGAACGCAUACGGAUUCAGGAAAGCAACUUUCUGAUUUGGAAAUAUUGGAACAAGUCACCGUACUCAAUUUGGAUACAGGCGAAAGGGUACCACUGAGCGUCGCCGAAGAUAAAUUACCCCAAUGUAUUAAUCCUCUUUCUUUACAUAUAAUGAGGAUCACAUCGGAGUACGUCAGUAGUUCUAGUAUGGAAAAAGAUAAAGAUACCGAUGAAGAAAGCGAGGAUAAAAAAUCCGAGAUACCUGUAGUGGAAGAGAACGAUACGGAAGUUGGCGGUAUAAGACAGAAAACUGCCAAAUUGAAGAGGUUCUUGGGGUCUACCGUUAAAAAAACGAUGCACAAAGCUAAAUCUAUAGCUCAAGAAGUUUCCCAUGCCAGACAUAAGGAAGACGUUAUCGAUAUUGUGGAUAACGUUCAUCCCGGAGAGCAGUGUUGUAAAUUGAAGGCUUCCAAUUCUCAUAAGGGACCGUACGAAUUUGAAAAAGUUGAGCAUGUUCAAGAGCUCAAUGACGAUCAACACGAAGGACCCAUAUGGUGUAUGAAAUUUUCCUGUUGUGGAAGAUUGUUGGCUACAGCUGGACAGGAUAAAAUUUUAAGGAUAUGGGUCGUCAGAGAUGCGUAUCCAUUUUUUCAGGAUAUGAGAACAAAAUACAACGCCGAAAAAGUUUCGCCUACGCCUUCCCAAGAAUCUCUCGUCUCCCAUCAUUCCGCCGAAGUUUCCCAUCACGUCGCCUACGAAGGAAUGUCCGCCGAGGAAGCUAGCAAAUUAACGUUCAUGCCGAAACCGUUUUGCACUUACACCGGCCACACUUCCGAUCUCCUCGACGUAUCUUGGUCGAAAAAUUAUUUCAUAUUAUCAUCUUCCAUGGAUAAGACUGUCAGAUUGUGGCAUAUCUCUAGGAAAGAAUGUCUUUGCUGUUUUCAACAUAUCGAUUUCGUUACCGCCAUCGUUUUCCAUCCUAGAGACGACAGAUAUUUCCUCAGCGGUUCAUUGGACGGAAAAUUGAGAUUGUGGAACAUACCCGACAAAAAAGUGGCGGUAUGGAACGAAGUGGAAGGCAAUACGAAAUUGAUAACGGCAGCGAAUUUUUGUCAGAACGGCAAAUUCGCCGUAGUCGGUACAUACGACGGGCGUUGCAUAUUUUACAUAACAGAUCAAUUGAAAUAUCACACUCAAAUACACGUUCGUUCUUCUAGAGGGCGCAACGCCGUCGGUAGAAAGAUCAGCGGAAUCGAACCGAUGCCGGGCGAAGACAAAAUUUUGGUUACGUCAAACGACAGCAGAAUCAGACAGUACGAUUUGAGGGAUCUGAACGUUUCUUGUAAAUAUAAAGGAUAUGUGAAUAUGAGUAGCCAAAUCAAAGCGAGUUUUAGUCACGACGGAAAAUAUAUAAUAAGCGGAUCGGAAAAUAGGGAUAUUUACAUUUGGAAAACGAAUCACGAUUACGCGAAAUUUUCCUCGGUGCGCAGAGACAGAAACGACUUUUGGGAAGCUAUCAAAGCCCACAACGCUACAGUAACUUGUGCCAUUUUCGCACCGAAUCCGGACGCCAUUAUCGAAAUGAUGGAGGAAAGUCGGAGGCAGCUAAAACAAGAAGAAGAUGCCGAUAAAAAGAUCGAAGAUCCGAUGGUGGAACAACAUACCAAAGGUUGCGGUGGCUACGUCUUAAUAUCAGCAGACUUUAACGGUUGCAUUAAGGUUUUUGUUAAUAAGACGAAACCCAAACAUAGUUCAUUACCGGUAUCAGCGAUGGCGUGAUUCCAUUACAUAUAAAAAAAUAUUGAGAGCAAUAGAGAAUAUCUAAAAAUUUCUUAUCGAGUUCCAUAUUCUAUGAUCCACAGUAUGUUCGAUAUAGAUAUUCUUUGUUGUUUUUAAAAUUUUGUCGAAUGUGUUUUGUGGCCGAAAUACCAAGUUUUGGUUCCUAUUUUAAUAUUUUGACUAAAUUUUGUUUUUUUUGCAAGUAAUUGAUUCAAAUCGAAUUUUUUUAAAUAGAAUAACAGAUGUAAUAUAUUUUUUAAAUAGUUUUUAGUCUGAUUUAAUAAUUUUUAUUUGAAAAAAAAAUUAUACUGCUUUUUACAGAGGCUUGCGAUAUCGGUUGUACCUAUUAUUUUGUUGUGUAUAAUUUACUGUUAAUACAAUAUAUUAAAACCAUU